AUGUAUACUGCAAAGUUUGAAAAUAUGCCAGGCUCAAUCAGUUUCUCGAACUCUGUAAAGGAUAGUAUGGUUAAAAAUGUGCUGUACAAGCUUCACCGCAAUAUUCUAUCAACAGCUUCAAAAACGCUCAAAGACAUAUUUUCAGCCUCUGCAAAUGCCCACCUAAUUGCUACAGAUGGGUCAAGUGAUGACCACCCGAUUGUCCUUCCUACUGUCACGACAUUGGCAUUUGAAGCAUUACUUUCACUGUGCUAUGGCAGAUGGUCAAGCCCCAGUGGCUGUCUGACAGUUGACAAUACAAAUAAUAUUCAUUUCAAUCCGCCAUCUGAUUCCCCCAAUGAACCUGACUCCCCCAUUCAACUCGAGCAAACACAUCAAAUGAAAGCCAGGCUAGAAGGCCAGGAUCUAGUCCAAAAAGUAGUCAACAUACUCUCUUUCUUGAUGCUCUUAGUUGGGGAAAUCCUGCAUGCCAACCAGGUUUUCAUAGUACAUGAUCAACAGACAUUUUUGGCUACGUGCAUAGUCACAUGA